CGUGCAAAUAGUUUUUCUCGCAAAAGAAACUAAAAUGUGUGAAUUUUGCAAAUAAUCAUACCGCAGUUCUUCUUGUACGCAGCGAAUUUUUGGGAUGUUUAUCAUUUCCAGUUAGGAAUGCUGCUAAAAAGGCAAUUAAUGGAUCGUACAAGUUGCAAUCCCAGUCGUGUUUGACUAAUCCGGUGUGUGCUGUCAUGGGUGAGAACUCCCAGUCAAGUGUGGACGAGGUGAUCAGCCUGGAAGAGUUAGGUGGCGAACAUGCUUCCCAUACUACAAUUGCCUUUAGCAAGAAGGCUCUCCACCAGCGCGAUGCUGAUGAGAAUCUCUUCCUACGCUUCCUGGAAUUGGACCCUCCGCAGGAUGCAACUGGGGCGAAUCGGCGACAGUCCACGACGAAGUCCUCCAAUGGUCGAACGCCCUUCACGAUCACGAAGAAGCUAUCACGAACCGGCGAAAGUCGGGGCUUUGGCUUCUCUAUUGUGUGGACUCACCCACCACGAGUGGAGAAGGUUGAAUCAGGUCAAUGUGCGGAGCGGGCAGGGAUUUGGCCGGGCGACUAUGUGAUCUUUGUCGAUAAACACAAUGUAGUGACAAUGCCGGAAGUAGAUAUACUCAACCUAAUACGCUCCCAGGGUAAUAGUUUAACAUUAGAGAUAUUUCGGCGACCUGUUCAGCAACAGCGGACUACAAUCGCCGCCACCCACACAACCCCUUCUACGAGCCACCAGACGCCCGUUCACGUACAUUCCCAGGCUUCUGAUACGCCGUCACACCAACAAAACGGACUACAACUGCACCGCAUGUCGUCUGGCACGCAGCUGGCCGGUACUAGGUCCUCCAUCGCCUGCUCCAACGCCUCCAUUUCCGCAGAGACCACGAAGAGGCGUCUCCACCUGCCCCAAGUCACCUUCAGCAAAGAGUCAAUUUUACCACAGAGUGGAGACGAUCAGAGACGGAGAUACUUGUACCAAUUGAUAAGCAGGGAACAGCAUUACGUAAACGCUCUCCAGUUUGGGAUGCAGCGCUUUACGUCUCCUCUGAGAGAACGCAAAGACUUAAUAUCACCCAGCGAUCACCGAACUUUAUUUCAAAAUAUCGAUGAGGUAAAACUUAAAAAAUGUAUGAUUAGUGCGAUUUCUACAUUGAUAAGAUUAAUAUCUCUGCAGCUGCAACGAAUAUCUGAGGACAUUCUCGAGCAAUUAGUGCAGGACGAUUUAGAGCCUCAGGUUACCUUUGCCUCCCGUGUCUACAUGUCCAAGACUACGGCCAUGUGUGUGGCUUACAAGAAGUACUGCAAUGGACUGAAGCGGGCAGACUGUGUUCUCGUGAACAAAUCACGCCACGCUAAUUCGGAGUUUGUCAAGUUCAUUACUGAGCCACAAGUGCCACGGAAGCGUCCCGACCUUACCUCCUUCAUCCAUCGACCCUUGCAGCAUUUCCGUGAGGUGCUGAAGUUUAUCCAAGUCACUACGUCGCAUUGUCGUCUUGACAGUGAUGAGUAUCGAAACUUCUCUCAAGUUGUCCUGGAGCUACAGGCCGCCUACCGCGAAAUAACUGUCGGUGGAGGUCUCAUGGAGCCACUGGGUGAAGGUAAACCACUACUAACACUGCAAGACUUGGAAUCUCGUCUCGUAUUCACGCGUUGUAAACCCUUUGUCCUCGCAACACCGGGUCGCCAGUGGGUUUUCGGUGGCGAUUUGUCACGUGUAGAGGGCCGUUCUGUGAAGCCGUACUGGACACUGCUGUUUAGUGAUAUUCUCCUAUUUGCGAAAGUCAGUAGAGAUCGAGUCCUAUUCAUAACUGAAGAACCUCUUCAACUUGUAAAUAUAACUGACUCCUGUUUCAACAUCAGAAAAAAAUCCACUGAAUUUCGGAUAACCAUUGAUCCUCUGGGGAAGACCGCUGAAAGCCCUACAGCCCAUUGCACACCAGAUCUCACGAAAACACCACGGAGGAAUUCCCGAAGACGCAGUAUAAUUUUAAGGGCACCGUCAUCUGAAUUAAAGGCUGUUUGGCAAAACCUUUUGCAACGACAAAUAUUUCUUGUGAACGCCGCUCUGGGAUCGACUCCACUGAGUAGUCCACUGGACUCUCCAGACGUAAUGCAGAGCCUCAUUCCCUUAAGCAGUGACAUUGGAGCAGCCACGACUUCAAUGGCGUCAAUUAAAUUGUCAUCUGUAGAUAGUUUAGCGGUGAAAAACAAUCAGCAACAGGAACCCGAUAGCACCUCCACUGACACAUCAAAGCAACUGGAAGAGUUCAUUGACGAAAAGUGUCGACAGAUGAACAAAUCGGGAACACCACGUGGAGGAGCUUUACACUUGGCACAGUGGAUGAAGGGACAACUGGAUCAAGCUAUUAGCAAGCAUGAGAGUGAACGAACAGCCCUGUUGAGUCAAUCCGAGCCAAUUGAAUCCGAGCCAGAAGACGAUACCAUUGAAGAGUGGACGACUGAGCAAGUGCGAAAGCGAUCGCGAGAGUUACAGUUGAUCGACGGCAAUGGGCGAUGCCAAAUGCUUAAGAUUGAUGGGCCUUUAAAGUUCAAGGAUGGUGCUAAUGGUAGAAAUUCUCGAAUGGACGAUCUCUCUGGUGCAAGUGAGGUGGAAGAUGAAAGCAAAAGUGCAUCUAGAAGUACAACUUCCGAUAGUCAAAUCACUGUCCGUUCGAGUCCAAUUGCCCAUGCUACAGAUACUCUUUCUGUAUGUCGACAAUGUCACAAAAAUUGCUCAAAAGGGAAACUAUCACAUUCUUCGACUUCAACAAAUUCUCUCAAAGUGCAACACACCCAGAGAAAUCUUGGUACACAAUGUUGCAAAGCCAGUACCACUGCAAGUAGCAUCACCAGUGGAACCUCUUUGUCAGCCUCUUCCACGACUAUCACUGCCGGCGAAGUGGAAUUAAGAACUACAGCCAUUCGAAAAACCCACCAAACUCCAAUGCCGAAUGGUCUUCCAAAAAGACACAUUAUGUGCAAUUGCAAGUGUACUCCCCAAGAUUUUCACGGCACCACCAUCAGUCCCGAUGAAAUGACUCAAGAGACAUGCAGACUUUUAGACGGUGUGCACGAAAUCAAGAGAGUAGGGCAAUUGAAUCACGCUGGAGGCGUCAUAAACCACGCUAGUCCCCUUGGAAAAUGCAAAUGUGCAUGCACGGAGUCAUCCAAAAAGGAUGACUCAGACGACUGGUCAUUAAUGCUAAUUGGAUUAUCUCAGAUAAAUCCAACUUCAUCAUUGGUACACCAAGAUCCUUUCGAGGCAGUCCCCAGCAUUUCUGUUGUGCCCCCCACCCCGGACGGAACUAGCGUCAGCAGGGCAUCCGCGCAAACGUGGGAUGGUACCAAAGGUAGUAAAAUGGUAAAAAAUACAUCUAAAGACGAUGAAAACUCGCCAGAAGACGAAUCACCUCACGAGGAGCCACCCUACAAAGUGUUAAAUACCAGUUUAAGACGAUAUGGAACUCUCUCCAGUCUUGAAAAACUCCCAAGUGAAGAUGCCGAGACGUACAAUUCAUCAGAUGAAGAGGCAAUUGACGAUGGAGACAUCAAAAUUGUUACGAAAGAGGUCUAUAAUCUUAAUGAUGCAAACAACCCCUCAUUGAGAAAUUGGACCGCUAGAGCUGGAUCUUAUAUGGUGGAAAAAAUGUCCUUCUUUGAGGAGUCUAGGGCAUUUUUCGACAAAUACUUGGGACGUUGGGAUCGUGAUGCUGACCAACAAUUAACUUCAGCGGGGAUUGAUGAGGAGAAUUUGGAUGAAUGUACAUCAGGUGGAACUUCAGGUGAAGAAGUUUGGGGCACCCCAACAAGUGGAGGGGAAAAUGAUGAAAUUCAGAUGUUCAACUCUGACCACACUCAGUCUUCUCCUGAGAGAUCCUCCUCAUCCUUCACUGGAGACGAUGAUACUGAACUUAUGAUGGAUGAACUUCUGAUGGCUCCACCAAUGACUGCGAGCGCAGUGCGAGGACUUUUGCCACGUUCUAGUUACAAUUAUUGUAGGAGAAGAUUAGAACCAUUGUUCGAAGAGGAUACCGAGAGUGGGGAGUCCGAAGAGGAAAACAUGGCUCUCGGUCGAUCGUCCAUCAAUCAGGGGCAAGUGGCGGAAAGAAACUGGUCAAGAAAUGGACCAACUUCAAAAGAUUCACCAGAAAGCACCACGUCAGAGACCCUGUCCGAAGCGACGGUCAGCACACCACGAGAACUGGAGUCGACAGUGAUUUCGAUGCCCACAGAGGUGGCGGACCUGGAGAUAGAAGUCGGACUCAGUGUGCCUCCCGCAGUGACGAAGGUGGAGGACGACUGUGGAAGCGUUGCUGACACAUGCUCUUCUCCAUCUCAAAUACCGAAGGAUGCAAGCGUAUAUGCCGCAAGUACCGAUCAUGUCGAAAAGUUUUCAAAUGCUGCGGCACAUGUCGGUCUGAGCCCCCGUUUAGAGAUGCGCUUAGCUCUCAACCAGGAUAUUAUGGGGGACGAAGAUCUUAUAAGUUACGACCCUGGACCAGAUCUCAGUACAAUUCUAGGACACGACCUCUCCACAUACCAGCGACUAACUGGACGGGACCUUCUGACCCGCUCAGCCAAUCCCAGAGUGGCCAUAGUGAAAGAAGCGGGAAGCAACUCGUACUAUCAACAAAAAAAUUCAAAGAUGGACACUCCAACACCAAAUCGCAAAAAGCCAAAUCCAAAUACAUGGAACAGUUCUGCAUCUGUGGAUCAAGCCGACGAAAAAAGACUGUCAGACCUCGAACGCCUAGCGAGACGCGAGAAGAUGUACUGCAUGUCUCAAUUGAGGAGUGGUCAACUGGUAGCUCAAACGGAUCCUUCGCAGAUCAAUUCACCGAGCACAACGCCAAGUCGGAGACCAAGUAAAAUAUUCAGCUUCCUCACGCGACGAAAUUCAGAAAAUCACUUGCCCAAAAUAUUCCCGAAGGAAAUGGGAGAUGAUUUGAGUGUAUCUACGAAAACAUGUUCACCACGUCGUGAAAACGACAAAGCACUGGAACGACGAUUUUGGAAGCAAUUGACACGCAGACGUCGUCACUCUGCAUCGGAAAUUUCGGCCAAUUAGAGAUGAAAUCACGUUACCUUAUUGGAUUUGCCAAAGAGAAAAUUAUAUAGAGAAUUGGUGCUGAUAACCUGGAGCGAAGUCCUGCAGCAACACAACUUAAGGGUAGAUUGAAGUUCAAUCCCACUCAACGAAAAUCACCCAAUAGCAAAAAAGAUUUAGAGCAUUAUAGACAAAUUUUAUAGUUAGAUCAAAUUUCAUCAUCAAACUCACUCGACAAUUCUAAAUUUCGAUAUUUUACCAUUAAAGUCACCUUUGAAUAUUACGAUAGUUGAAUUACCGAUAGAGUUUAGUCUCUUAAAAACUCAAAUCAAAGAUUAUAAAGUGAAUUUUGCUAAUAGCUAGGCAUGUUAAUUCGUGAGACAAUUUCACUAAAAUGUCUUAAAAGAGAUUUUUGAAUAUUCUAGAAACAAUUACAGCAUCGAAUAUAAUACUGAGAGAUUUAUGAAGAGAAUAUUGUGAAGCAACAAUUAAAUUGUUCUUAUAGGCCUAUUAUACUGAAUGCAUCAAUUCUACCAGAGAAAAAAAGGAAAUGAAAAAAUUACUCUGAACGAAAAUGAUUAUAAUACACAUCCAAAACAUUAAUCUCAAAACAUUGAAUGAGAGUAGGUACUACUGAAAACCAUUGCAGAAAUAUUUAAACCUUUAGAUGUGUCCAGAUUAUACAAUAUUUUGCCUUAAUUGUAAGUGAUUGAAGUAGAGAAAGAACGUGUAACUCUACUAGUUUAGAAAUGG